AGAGCUAGUGACAUGGAGCUGCUAAGGGAGCAACCAUCGUCUGUUCGACCAUGCGUUCUUCCUGGACAAAGUGAAUGGUUUGAUUUCUAUCUGGUAGAGUGCUUAGGUCGGGAAUUCACUUGUACCCACUCAAACUGCGUCAGAAGAACAGACCCGUAACGUGUGAAAUGUGUUCUCUGGAUGCUUAGAACUAUAAUUUAUCAUAGUUGCCAGUGCAGUCAGUCAAGAGAUGCUCUUCGGGACUCCCACGAACGACACGGUGUAGGCAGAAGUCAUUUUCAGAGCAGCUUCCUUCGGUGUGUGUAUCAAGGCAUCUGUUUUGAAGAGGAAUAGGGGUAUCGAGCUCUCUGAUCAUGGACUGUAACUCAGAAGAACCAGACAGGGAGACCACGGACACCGAUCGUCAUGCAGAAUUAUUUUCUUCUGUAUUUGGAGACACGGGUUCAGAAGAUGACGGCGAUGAUGAUGAUGUCUUCGGCAGUGAGGAUGAAGGUCUAUCUGAAGAGCGGGAGUCACGCCGGUCACAUCAGUGGGUGAAGGUGAACGCAGUGGAAGGAUUAUGGCAUUGCAGCCAGUUUCUGUCAGCUCAACAGCAAGAUUCUCUCACCAAGGCAAUUGCUGCAGAGGGAUGGUUCUCGCAUCCUCAACACAAUCAGGCGAUGAGAUUCGGAGACCUACCUGAAUGGGCACACGACUUAUGUGGUCUCAUAUGCAGCAGCAUUCGUGCCUACAGAUCUGGCACCGACUUCAAGCAAUCGAGAGAAGAAAUUGAGGGCUCACUAGCGCCACUACCGAGGCAGAUUCUUGAACGGGAGCCGCUGUUUGAUCAGAUGAUUGCCAACUCUUAUCAGCCUGGUGAGGGAAUCAGAGCACAUGUGGACCUCAUGCGCUUUGAAGAUGGAAUUGCCAUAGUGUCUCUGCUCUCGACCUGUAUCAUGACUUUUGCCCUCCUGCGAGACUCUGCUCCUUCUCCCGAAGAAGUAAGUACGAGUGAGCAGUUAGAGAUUGAUCUGCCUGUGCAUGGAACCGCCAAUCCUAGUCCAUGUUUGAGUUUGAGAGAGCAGCAGCUGCAGCAGCAGGAAGUGAGCUUUGUUCGAGAGCGAGACAAGAGUGGACUCGCAAAGAAGGUGGAUUUGCUUCUCAAACCUGGAGAUCUCAUCGUGACAUACGGCCCAGCUCGUUACCUCUGGACUCAUGAAAUAGACCGCAGCAAGGAUGAGCAAGUGUGGCUGGGACAGAAAAUUGAGCAACAACAGCGAAUAUCUGUAACUCUUCGGAAGCUGUGUCCUGAGAGAGAUACAGACUAGUUCGGCGUCAGAUAUUUUUUUCUCGUUUGCUGAAAUAUAUCUUGGAUCAUAUAAUCAGGAGAGGUCAUCUGUCUAUAACUCCAAACCAUUUGAACAAAAGUUUUAUAUCCUGACAAGAAUUGAAGUCGAUGCCUGUUUCACAGAUCCUUGUGCUUCUCGCUUAACGACCAAAAGGAAGAUGUGAUGUCAUUGAA